ACUGAGUGGAUGGAGCUUUAUAAAAGGCAACUUUGGACCGUCGUACAUUCUGGUGAAACGGCAUAUAUAGAAUAAAACGCUCUUUUGAAAACUUUUUAAGUUCUCUUUUGACAGCGAGCAUAGCCUGCACAGCAACCUUUAGCUCUGAAACGGCCAUAAACUGGCGUAGAUGACAGCAUCGCUUCGAUCAUCUGGGAUCAUCCAUUCUACGAACACACGCUGAAAACACUGCUUUUGUAAUUUCAAGGCAAUAUCAUAAAAAUGGACUAUAAACUCUUGCCAUUUCUAGACCAGAAGCCUGAGACAUCCUCCCCAAAAUAACCAGUAUGCUUCAUGAGAGCACCGUUGGAUUAAUCAAAACACAAACCAAAUAGAAAUUCAUCUGACAGAUGGUGGAUGCUUCCGUUUCCUUCUAGAAAGACAGCAAAGCAAAGGAAUAAGAGAUUUUCUGUUUGUGCAUGCCUGCAUCAUUAUUAAAGUAAACCUUUCUUCCCAGGUGCACUUUUCUGGCUGGCGAUUACAUUUUGUAAUAGUACAAUUGUAAUAGUAAUUUAAAAAUGUUAAAAACGGGACCAGCAAUGGAGACUGCCGAUAUUGCAGUUGUCGGACUUUAUUUUGUACUUGUGUUUGUAAUUGGUCUCCUUGCCAUGUGGAAAGCCAACCGUAGCACUGUCAGCGGCUACUUCCUAGCUGGUCGAACUAUGAACUGGGUAGUGGUAGGUGCCUCACUGUUUGUAAGCAACAUUGGUAGCGAGCAUUUCAUUGGCCUUGCUGGUUCUGGUGCAGCAAGUGGUUAUGCAGUGGGCGCCUGGGAGUUCAAUGCCCUUCUGCUUCUGCAGCUGCUGGGCUGGGUAUUCAUCCCGGUCUACAUCUACUCUGGAGUUUACACCAUGCCAGAGUACCUCUCCAAGCGUUAUGGGGGAUGGCGGCUAAAGGUUUAUUUUGCAGCCCUUUCCCUUUUGCUGUACAUCUUUACUAAACUCUCAGUAGACUUAUAUGCAGGAGCUCUAUUCAUUCAGGAGUCUCUUGGCUGGAACCUCUACCUGUCAGUAGUCUUGCUCAUUGCCAUGACAGCCUUGCUGACUGUGACUGGCGGACUGGUGGCAGUGAUCUACACGGACACUCUACAGGCCAUGCUCAUGAUUGGUGGUGCAUUAACCCUUACUGUUCUCAGUCUGAUCAAAGUAGGCGGUUUGGAGGGUGUACGGGAAAAAUACAUGGAGGCAGUCCCAAACGUCACGGCCAUCCUGGUUAACAGCAAUUUCAGCUUCAAAUACACAAACUCCUGCCGAAUCCAUCCCAAGCCUGAUUCACUCAAGCUCCUACGAGGUCCGCUUGAUGAGGACAUCCCUUGGCCUGGCUUCUUGUUGGGUCAGACACCUGCAUCCAUUUGGUAUUGGUGUGCUGACCAGGUGAUUGUGCAGAGAGUGUUAGCAGCCAAGAACAUUGUCCAUGCCAAAGGCUCUACUCUUAUGGCAGGUAUGCUUAAAAUCCUUCCCAUGUUCAUCAUCGUCAUUCCAGGAAUGAUCUCACGAAUAUUGUUUCCUGAUGAGCUGGCGUGUAUCGGACCAGAGCACUGCAUGGCAGUGUGUGGAAGUCAGGCUGGCUGCUCCAACAUUGCCUACCCUCGACUGGUCAUGAGUGUAAUGCCAGUGGGCCUUCGAGGUUUGAUGAUGGCUGUAAUGAUCGCUGCCCUCAUGAGUGACCUGGACUCAAUUUUUAACAGUGCAAGUACCAUCUUCACUUUGGACAUUUAUAAAAUGGUGCGUGCGAGUGCCCCAUCCAGUGAGCUAGUAUUGGUUGGCAGGAUGUUUGUGAUAUUCAUGGUGACCAUCAGCAUUGCUUGGGUGCCGGUAAUAAUUGAGAUGCAAGGUGGCCAGAUGUACCUCUACAUCCAGGAAAUGGCAGGAUACCUGACACCUCCUAUCGCUGCUCUCUUUCUACUUGGAAUCUUCUGGAAGCGCUGCAACGAGAUGGGAGCAUUUUGGGGUGGCAUGACUGGGUUUGUGCUAGGCAUUACGCGCCUCCUCCUUGGCUUUAUAUAUCGUGAGCCAAAAUGCGACCAGCCGGAUGAACGUCCAACUUUCAUCACACAUGUCCACUACAUGUACACUGCUGCUGGGCUGUUUUGGAUCUCUGGGCUGGUGGCUGUGAUUGUCAGUCUGUGCACACCACCCCCAGAAAAGAAGAAAGUCCAGCGAACUACAGUCUGGGGCUUAAGUGAACUGAAACGGCUUCCUGUGACUGAACGAAAGGAAAUGUACAAACUCGCCAACAAUGGUCAAUGCCACCUCAUUGGCAGUGGCAAUGGUAUCCUUAAAGAUGUGUCUGUGGAUGUCCAGAAAGAGAGAUGUCUUGAUGGGGCUGACAUGAAACUCUUCAUGCCCUCCCCUUGUGACCAAGAUCCCAUGACCCCGAGUACAGAAACAUCCACACCAAUGGAACUUUACAGCGAUGGUCAUGCAAAGCUUGUGAAUCAGAAGGAAGGUGGCCAAGGCAAGUGUGAUGAAAAGUGUUGCCUGCAUGUAUUUGACUGGACUUGUGGGCAUAAGGAGAAGACUUCUGUUAUCGAACCCAAAGUCACUGAAGAGGAUGAAGGAACUGUCUGUGAACUGCUUCAUGAACCCCCUAAGAUCAAACUGUUACUUAACUCAGGCCUGGUAUUGGUCUGUUCACUGGGUAUCUUCAUGUUUGUGUACUUCUCCCUGUAGUGUGCUGAUCUUGCAGUACUAUGACUUUUAAUUGAUGGACAACACGUGUAUCAUUUUUGUUAUUACAAGCCAUUUAGGGUCUGUAAUAUUUACAGUUCUGUUUUUCUCUUAUAUCAUUUUAGGGACUCUAAACAUUUUUAAUCAUACAAUAUAAUUGAUUUAAUCUUUCUCCUUGGAUCUGUGUUACACCUCCUUAAAAUAUUAAAUCUGUGAUUGUGAUAUGUUGACAACAAAAUGCAUUAUUAAAAGAGUGGCUUUUAUAUAGUUUAUGGACAGUUGUUCUUAGCUAAUGUAUUUUAUACAGUAGUUUUUUUUUAAAUUCUUUUAAAGUGGUGGAUUUGGUCUUAAUGCACUCCCAACUGAAAUGAGCAAAAAUUUUCUGCCUCAAGUAAUUGUUUUCCUAUAAGGACCACUCAUAUAGUACUUACAUUUAAGUGUAAAGUUGUCGUUUGUAUAUGCAUUUGUAUGUGAUAGCACUCUGUUAGGACUACCAAAGCUAUAAAACUUGACCUUACUGUAAAUUUGCCACCAGUAUAAGGGGAAUGGAUAGAAAUAAAUUUCUUGUAACCAGAUGUGACCGUAUUUCUACAUUUGACAUUAGUUUGGACAGAAUGAAAUUUUAUGGAGUUUGUUAGAGAAGGUGGUUAAUUUAUUAUGAGGUCAAAUUUUUAUACAAAAGAUAAAUCAUUUAGCAUAAAAAGAUGCUUUAUCACUGAGAUGUGCCCUCUUACUAAACCUGGUAUCAUUACCUUUGCUGUACAUUCCCAUUGUAACAGUACACAAGCAAUUUGUUGUAGCAUUUGUAAUCAUUUCUAUAUAUAUAGAGCUACUUUCUUUGGACUUGUGUGAUCAAAAAGCCACCAGAAUGCCUUUUCGUGCAGGUAGGAAGACUUCAGGUCAAAAGACAUUGUUUUGUCCCCAUUUUUGGGAUUUUAAUAUGGUGAAACUGAUUCCCAAGAUUUUAUUGCUACUUCACAAGACUGCUUAUCUGUGGAUGUUACACACUGAUCCUCAGAACGUCCAUAGGAAAAGCACCAGCUAGAGCUGUUAUUAAUGUUGCAAUCUAAAUAUUAUAAGUGGUCCCAAAACAGGUAGAUUAAGACUGGAAUGUUUCAUUUUAAUUGCUGCACAAAAAUAGUAACUUCUAGAAGAAGAGUUUGAUUGUGGCUACAGUAACAUGCAUUAACUGUUGCUCUGCUGUUGAAUGCACGGUUUGUUCAGACAAAGGGGAACUUUGGCCUUAGUAAAAUGGAAAAUGGUGUGAGAACUUAUUUUCAGUUUAAGUUGAUAAUGUUGUAUUAAUAUUUUGACAUGAAAGCACUUAAAUUAGUGAAAAAGUGACCCAAAGGUGCAAUUUUUGGAGAUUUGUUUGUUAAUUCUAAAGAGCUAUGUGUCAAAAAGUUAUAAUGAAGAGGUACAACAUUUAUUUUAGAAGUGUAUCAUAAAUGGGAAGUCCUGAAAUAAAGUUAGUGGAGCGCUGAUUCUUGUUUUAAUACUGUAUGUAUUUAAAUCAUGUUUUAUACUGAAAAUCCAAAUAUUUAUUGGAACAAGAGAUGCAAAAAUAAAAGGUUCCAUAGAGAUUGGUCGCUCUUUUUUUUUUAUAAAUAUAUAUUUACCCAAACUGAAUGAUUUUGGACUCUUAUGGUCUUUGUUGAAUGUUUAUAAUCAUUCCUAUUUUUGCAGUAACCAGUUCAUCUGAUUCUUUUGUUCAUCACAUAUUUUUUUGAACUUGGGAAAAUGCUGAUCACUGAAUUGAUACUGUGGUGGACAUCACUAUCACAGUGAUUGAGUACAGAUUGCUUAAACUUUAAUAAAUUAACUUACUAAAUGUAAGACUGCUGUGAUUAUCUAGACCUAAUUGAAUCAGAAUAACUGUUCUCUCAAUCAAAACCUGGCAUUAAAUCCUUUACAAAUAAGUUAUUGUUCAUCAAAUAUUUUUUAUAUUUUUAAAAACAUAAAAUGUGUUGUGUGGAUUGUAAAAUAAUUUGUUGAUUGUUCUGGCAAUGCUUUGAUGGUUUGUUGGUUUUGGAUAAACCACAUAUUUCCAAAUCAAACCAACAGCCCAAAGUUUUUAAAUAUUUAACCAUGCAUUUGUUAGUAUAAUUAAUUAAUGAGGCACUUACUUUUUUUAGACAUAUUUUGAAAGCACUGAUAUGUUGUUUGUGUUUUGGUAGUGCCAAUUUUAGUUGACUUAUUUCAUUCAGCAUCACAUUUUAGGUUACUACAACAAAGGGAGAUGACUCUAGGUUCAUAUUCUUCCCUAAGUUUUGUGUUUAUGUGCUUUUUUGUUUUUUUUCAGUGGCUGACUACAGCUCUGAUUUUACAUUUGUACUGAGGUGUGUAUAUCAAUAUUAUAUACCAACAAUUUGUGUUGUGUGGUACAUCUUGUUUAGAGUGUGUACAUUUCUAAAGAUUUCUUGUGAAAUCUGGCUGAUUUAUCAAUUCAUCGUGGUGGCUUCCAUGAGCUAAGGACAGGAAAAUGGGGUUUAUUGCAUUCAAUCUCUGAUCUUAUCAGAAAUACACAAAUGAUAUGUACAUAUUUGCUACUUUUAUUAUUUAAAGUUGCAGAUAAAUAAAUGGAGUUUUGUUGGAGAAGGACAAAAUGUAUGAGCUUGUUUAUUUGACUUGCUUUAAGAGAAUUUAAAAAAAAAAAAAUUUCACAGUUAUAGGGUUUACGUCAUGUGUAGAUCUUGUUUAUUUUAUGAAAUUAUUCGCACAUUAAUGUGUUAUUGCUAUUUUUAAUUGCUUUAUCUCAAAGGACAUAUUCAAAACAGUUUAAACAAAACCACUUAUUGAAACAAUUUUAUUGAACUACUGGGUUUAAUAAGUAUUUUUUUUUAAAGCACAGUUGAAAAACAAACACUGCAAUUAGUUUAUUUUUCAAUUAAUGCAAAUCAGCAUGUCUUUUUGUUUAAAAAACAUUUGUCGUUAAUAUAAUUCCAUAGUUUAGUCCUGUACCAAUGAUGUUUUGUACAGGUUAUUAUUAUCUUGUCAUAAUAAUGUAUGACAUUCAUAAUGUUGUGGUUAAAGCAUCAUCAAAAUAAUGUAUAAGAAGGUAAUUUUCAUCAAUCUUCUUAAAUAAAAUCUUGCAUAAAUGUGAUGUUCCAUGUACAAUAUGAAGAGAAUUACUCCUACAGUAUGUACUCAAAUGCGCAGUGAAUCAUCCAUUUUACUAAUAAAUGAAUUCUUAUGAUAUUGAGCUUACGAGCUAAUAUAUGAAUCACACUUUUCACCUAAUGUUUUUACUUCUAUGCAUAUUUUUCUACUUGUUUUCACUCCCAGUACCACUCACACUUUUGGUUUGUUGCACUAGCUGUCUCUCUCUCUCUCUCUCUCUCUCUGUCUCUCUGCACCUCAUGACAGUUUCUAUCUCUGCAGUCUGCACAGUAUUUUUCCACUGACAGCUGCCAUGUCAUUUGCAUUUAGCGGUAUGAUAGGAAUGAUGGUGACUAAAUGGAACGCUUGAGGAGGGUGUGACCUAAGUUGAAUUAUUGGUUUUAUCUAACCUCCAGCCCCAGGUCUUGUGUUAGGGUGUGUCAUUAUAUUUGUUUGAUGUGUGAGAAAGACAAAAAAAAAAAAAAAAAUGGUGGGGGAAGGGGUGGUGGCCGAUGACAAACAUCCAAGAUGUUCCAGGAGUCCAUUUGUGAGAGAUAAAAUGUGUUAUUAUGACAUGUCCAAAAUAAAUGACAGUCACAGCCAUUUAUUAAAACUGGGCUUAUGCAGUAGAUCCUGCAGCUUACCGUUUCAUCUAUAAAGGAGAUUGAACAUUCAUUAAAUUUAGAAACAGGCAAAUCAAAGGGAGUGUGCUGUAGGUUGCAAACAUCUGGAGAGCAGAAUCUUUAUAUGAUUAUCUGUUUGUGGUUAGAGAAGUACCCCACCAAAUCUUUUGAAACACAAUGUGUUUGUAAUAGUUACAAAACAUGCAGUAUACUGCUGUAUACUUUUAUGGUUUGUUUGUGUUGUGUUGUUAGCAAUAAAUCUUUGUUUUGUUUUCUACA